GCUUGGCAGCAGGACGCUGGCAGCAAGCUCUGCUCCAGUCCAGCCUGUGCGCUCCAGCCCCUGCUCUCCAUCAUCAUCAUCGCUAUGGUUGCUGUGCUCACCGUUGCUCUAGCCCUGCUAGUGUUCUUGCACGAAGGCAAGGGCCAGGCCGCUGCUACCCAGGAGCAACCAGCGCCCUCACCCCAUGCCCAAGGCUCCCACCUGCGACCCCGGCGUUGUUCCUGCAGCUCCUGGCUUGACAAGGAGUGCGUCUACUUCUGCCACCUGGACAUCAUCUGGGUGAACACUCCAGGACAGACAGCUCCUUACGGCCUGGGAAACCCGCCAAGACGCCGGCGCCGCUCCCUGCCAAGGCGCUGUGAGUGCUCCAGUGCCAGGGACUCCGCCUGUGCCACCUUCUGCCAUCGAAAACCCUGGACUAAAGCCACGACCAUCCCAGGCGGCGGGUCCCCUGCAGAUGUGCUCCAGACAGGCAAGACAGGGACCACAGCAGAAGAGCUCCUCCAGCGGCUGAGGGACAUUUCCACAGCCAAGAUCCUCUUUGCAAGGCAACAGCAAGUGGCAUCAAGAGAGCCCAGGCCCACACACUCCAGGUGGAGGAAGAGAUAGCAUCGGGAAGCUGGAGGAACCUUGGGAAGGAAACCUGCGUGGAGACAGGAGGAGAGGGGCGGCCUUGGGCUUGAGGGAAACCCUCCACCUGUUCUCUGGGCCAGGACCUGCUGGGAUUGGCACAAGCUCUGGCUUCCUCGCCCCAUGAGGGAGCUUCCCUCGAAGCAGCUCCAUGGCCUCACACUGCCCAGGGAAGCCUUCGACCUGCAGAAUGCUCCACCCACUGGCUCCCAUCCACAGCCCUGUUGAAAGGAACUGUGUGGAGCUCGCUAACCCGGAGGGCCCAUCCUGAGACGUGUCCUGUCUCUUGGCAACCAACCUGGAGUGAUGUGCGACGGUGGACCUUCACGCCUGAGUCAGCCCCGGAGGCUGGGCUGCUCAAGGACUGGUAUCCUGGCUGGCCCACACCUGCUCCCUCCAACUCUCCUGCCCCAGAGUCCUUGUACCCUCAUACUCUGAGGACACUCCUAGUGACAAGGGGCGGUUCUGUUUCACCUGCCUGUAUAUAACUUAUUUUCUGUAAGACCUUUGACAAUUCCAAUUAUUUAUUUUAACGUAUUUUUUUAGACUCUCAAUUAUUUACCUGUGAACCUGUGUUUGUA